GGUGGAGGGGCUGUGGAGCUGCUGGAGCAGGCAUGACGUCGGGUACACUUGCCGUCUGUUCGCGUCUUGGCCUUCCCUCUGGGAUCAUUGCGGGUCGCCCAUCCGAACACCUUCACUUCACUGCCCAAGUAGCUGCGCUUGCAGGUUUCACGGCAUUGUGAAGAUGUCCCGGACUAUCGAAUUAGGCCGCGCAGUGAUUGCAAUGCAGGCUGCCAACAUUGAGCUGUGGCUCACAACAUUGAUCACUCUCUCACCAGACUUAAAUAACCCUGCAGCACAGAACAUCAGCUUCGACGCUGAUAACCUCGAAAUCGACACACUUCUGGACUAUAUGUCAUCCGGAAAUGUUUGGGUCAAACGUGGCAACGACAUGCACAUGUCCUUCAACUGCACAAAGCUUGGGCAACCCCUGGACAGUCACGGUCUUCAGCAGCUUGGAGACUGCAUCGUCAAUGCUCCAGCGUGGAAGCAACUUGGCUUUCGCAUCUCGUUGCCUGUCAACUAUGAGCCGACGCACGGAAAGUUGCACCUCAACAUUGACCGCUGGCGUGAAGAUGCACAGUCACCUACCAACGCCGAAGGUAGCUAUGAGAGCUCACUCAGUGUAGACCUUUGGCCUCCAAAUGCAAUACCGAUAUUUAAUUUGAACUCAAUCGAGUUUGUCAUGGCAUUUUGCGAGACCAGAACCCGUGCACCAGCACGCAAGCGUCCAAAGCGGGAAGCGGCAAAGUCGGCACUUGAGCCCUGCGAUGCCGAAGCCUUCUUUGCUGAUACGAUCCGAAAUGCAGAUCCAUCAAGCAGAUCCGAUCCACUACUGAAUUCGGCAUGUCAGAGCAAGGCCAUGGAUCAAGGUGAAAGCAUCCAUGUCCAAGCGCGCUUAUGCAAGACACCAAGCAAUCCAAACUUUGAUCUGAAACUCGCCUCCCCAAAUCGUGGCAAAAGGAAGGUAUAUGACAUUAGCUCAGAGCCUAAUAAUGUGGUUGUUGAUAUCACUGACGAUAUGUUGUCUGAUCCGGCAUGCAUCGCAGCCCUGGCUGAAGCCGGGCUACGUUUUUCGAUCUGUCUCCACCUGAAGGGAUCCUUGACUAACCUCAAGGUAAAGGCCAAUACAUUCAUCCAUGGUUUGACAAACGUCGCUCCAGCUUUAUGGCGUGUCAACUAUACAUCUGCAUGCGCGCAUGUGACGUACACUGCUCCAACCCUUGCUCGCUCACUCGACCGUCUCGGUUCAUCAGCAAUAUCUGAGAGCCUGAAAGGCAAAAUCGCAGAACUUAAGAAAAUGCCUACCGGGGUGAACCCUAGCUUAGGCCGUGAUGCGGCGUCGACUAUCGCUGAUCGGUUAUGGUGCCACGUCCUGAAAACGCAAUCAGUGAAAACAGCGUUUAGUUCGAUCAAAACCUUGUGCGACCCCGGAUUUCAGGCCAACUCUGCCGAAACAGGCGAAGAAAUUCUGGAGGAAUACAGAGACAUUAGCACCAUCAUUCAGUACGGGACCGGCGAACAGCUGCACAACAUCGAACCCAGCACGACGAAUAUUCAAAUUGGCAGCACUGUUUGUCUAACGUCCAACUCGAUCAACAAGGAUUCUACCACGUCUACCAGUCAGAUCUUGAACGAAAAGGUACCUGGGGAGGGAGAAAUAGAGACCGGGCGUGAUGGGUCAGUCAAGCAAAAUUUACUCAACAAUAUUCGAGCUUCUCGAGACAACACCCUGGAGGUUCAGCGGUCGAACACACUGAUUAGCCCGUGCACAGACGUUGAGCAAAUACUUUUCAAUUUCUGAGCGGGUCGCCACCGCCGAGGACUUUGGGAUGAUUUGCAUUACUUUGUGGAAACGCCUCAGGAAAAAGGGCACGUACAAACCUUGCGAUCAAGUGACUCAACUACUCUUAAUAAGAACAUUGAAAGGGGAUAAAUUAGACGCGAUCGAAUUCAUCUUAACUAGUCCUGCGAUGCCGAGGUGUGAACACG